AACCGGUGGCUUCGGGCCGCCGUUGAAGGGGCCGGCCUCCGGGCGACGCCGCGCGACCCGCGCGGACCUGCUCAGGGUCCCGACCUGCCGCUCGGGAGGCCGGCGACCGUUUCGGUUCCUGUUGGCGAAGUCUGGUUUUGGACGCCGGGAAGGAGGCGGCGGACGGGCGAGCGGCGUGUGCUCGCAGGCCAGGCCUGAUGUGUGCGGAGCGGGAACGCCGAGCGAGGGCAGAAAACGUUCCCGCGGAAAGGAUGGACCUUGAGAACCGAGUGCCCGUCGAAGAGAUGUGGAAGGAAGUGGCAUGGAUUUUGUCAGUCUCGGCUUCUGCCUUCUCUGAACCUCGCGGAAAAGAUGUCAUUCCUCACUUUAUUCGCAUCGGAGUAAAACGCCUGGACGGCACUCUCCCUCGGACCCUUGGAUGCCCACACUUGAAACCUGCAAGCAACCUUCAGGUCAUCGCAGAGCCGUGAGGCCUCUCCUCUGUGCGGGGAAGAGACAGCUCAUGUACUGUGGAAAUGAACGGGGAGCAGCAGCCUGAAGCAGAUGCUGGAUCUGGAAUGGAAGAAGUAGAACUAAGCUGGGAAGAGUAUCUAGAAGAGACGGGGUCUGCGGCAGUUCCCUACGGGUCUUUCAAACACGUGGACACACGUUUGCAGAAUGGAUUUGCUCCUGGGAUGAAACUGGAGGUGGCUGUGCGAACCGACCCUGAGACCUACUGGGUCGCCACCAUCAUAACCACCUGUGAACAGCUGCUCCUCCUCCGCUAUGACGGCUAUGGGGAGGACCGCAGGGCGGACUUCUGGUGUGACAUCAGGAAGGCUGGCCUCUACCCCAUUGGGUGGUGUGAGCAGAAUAAGAAGACCCUUGAAGCCCCGGAAGGCAUCCGAGACAGAGUGUCCGACUGGGAUGAGUUUCUGCGGCAGACCCUGGUGGGAGCUUGCAGUCCUCCCGUUCCGCUGCUAGAGGGCCUCCGCAAUGGAAGGAAUCCUUUAGAUCUCAUUGCUCCAGGAUCUCGGCUCGAAUGUCAAGCGUUCCAGGACUCUCUAAGUGCUUGGAUCGUGACUGUCGUGGAAAACAUUGGCGGAAGGCUGAAGCUUCGUUACGAAGGCCUGGGAAGUUCUGACGGCUUCGAACAUUGGCUCUAUUACCUGGAUCCCUUUCUUCAUCACGUGGGUUGGGCCACUCAGCAGGGCUAUGAGCUUCAGCCCCCAUUAGCCAUCAGACAUUUGAAAAAUGAACCUGAGUGGCAGGAGAUUUUGGCCAAAGUGAAAGAGGAGGAGGAAGAGCCAUUACCAUCUGACUUAUUUAAGGACAAGCAAGUUAUUGGCAUCCAUACAUUUUCUGUAAAUAUGAAGUUGGAAGCUGUGGACCCCUGGUCUCCUUUUGGGAUCGCUCCUGCUACGGUUGUUAAGGUUUUGGACGAGAAGUAUUUUCUGGUGGAGAUGGACGACCUGCGGCCGGAGGGCCACGCGCCGCGAUCCUUCGUGUGCCACGCCGACAGCCCUGGCAUCUUCCCCGUGCAGUGGAGCCUGAAGAACGGUGUCCACAUCAGCCCUCCUCCGGGCUAUCCGAGCCAGGACUUCGACUGGGCCGACUACCUCAAGCAGUGUGGUGCUGAAGCUGCUCCCCAGAGGUGCUUUCCUCCGGUGAGAGGCCUCCCUGACCCCCUAGUCCUCCCUGCAGGCUGCGUAACUGCGUCCAUUUCUGAGCACGAAUUUAAGGAGAACAUGAAGCUUGAGGCAGUGAACCCGCUUCUGCCUGAAGAAGUGUGUGUGGCCACCAUCACUGCCGUGAGAGGCCCCUACCUGUGGCUCCGGCUGGAAGGUUCUAAGAAGCCUGUACCUGAAUGUAUUGUGAGUGUGGACUCCAUGAAUAUCUUCCCUUUGGGCUGGUGUGAAACCAACGGCCACCCACUCAGCGCCCCUCGCCGAGCACGAGUACAUAAACAGAGGAAAAUUGCAGUGGUCCAGCCAGAAAAACAAGUCCCAUCUUCCAGGACUGUCCAUGAGGGCCUGAAGAACCAGGAGCUGAACGCCACAGACUCAGUUAUGAUAAACGGAAAAUAUUGCUGUCCAAAGAUAUACUUCAAUCAUCGUUGCUUCUCAGGGCCAUAUCUUAACAAGGGAAGAAUCGCUGAGCUGCCUCAAUGCGUAGGACCAGGGAACUGUGUUCUGGUCCUCAGAGAGGUCCUCACUUUACUUAUCAACGCAGCCUACAAGCCCAGCCGCGUCCUUCGAGAGCUGCAGCUGGACAGAGGCUCCGUGUGGCACGGGUGUGGGGAGGUCCUGAAAGCCAAAUAUAAAGGGAAGAGUUACCGGGCGACCGUGGAGAUAGUGAAAACGGCAGACCGGGUGACCGAGUUCUGCCGGCAAACCUGUGUGAAACUGGAAUGCUGCCCUAACCUCUUCGGCCCGCGGAUGGUUCUGGAUAAGUGUUCGGAGAACUGUUCUGUCCUCACAAAGACCAAAUACACACACUAUUAUGGAAAGAAGAAAAAUAAAAGAAUUGGGAGGCCACCUGGUGGACAUAGUAACCUAGCCUGUGCCCUGAAAAAAGCCAGUAAGAGGAGAAAGAGGCGGAAAAAUGUUUUUGUUCAUAAAAAGAAACGUUCCUCAGCAUCCGUUGAUAAUACGCCAGUGGGCUCUCCCCAGGGGAGCGGGGGCGAAGAGGAAGACGACCCGGACGAGGGCGAUGACGACUCCCUCAGCGAGGGCAGUACCUCCGAGCAGCAGGACGAGCUCCAGGAAGAAUCGGAGAUGUCAGAAAAAAAGUCGUGCUCCUCUUCGCCCACCCAAAGCGAGAUGUCCACGUCCCUGCCUCCGGACAGACAGAGGAGGAAAAGAGAGCUUCGCACGUCUUCGUUUUCUGAUGAUGAGAAUAAACCUCCUUCACCAAAGGAGAUCAGGAUCGAAGUGGCCGAGAGGCUUCACCUGGACAGCAACCCCCUGAAGUGGAGCGUGGCGGACGUGGUGCGGUUCAUCAGAUCCACCGACUGCGCUCCCCUGGCUCGGAUAUUCCUGGACCAGGAAAUCGACGGGCAGGCCCUGCUGCUCCUUACCCUUCCCACUGUUCAAGAGUGCAUGGACUUAAAACUGGGCCCCGCCAUCAAACUCUGCCAUCACAUAGAGAGGAUCAAGUUUGCUUUUUAUGAACAGUUUGCCAACUGAGGACAACCAAAGUGAGCUGGAUCUGUGAAGCACAACGCCGCGAACCGCACCCGGCUCUCCAGGGGGCUGAAGCAGCCCAGGGCUCUGGGCCCCCAGGCGUCGGCUCGCUCUCUUUGCACUUUCGGGGAAGGAGGACCUCCGCUGAGGAAGCAGCAGCUGUGCACAGAAAGCAAAAGCUCUCUGCCAGUGGAGGUGUGGACACCUCUUGCUCAGCAGGCUGCCGUUUUGAAAAAAUGAAGAUUGUGAGAAAAGGACUCAAGUAAAAAGAACAAACGUCUCCGGCGUGCGUGGUCUGAAAACAGUAACUCAGGCUGCCGGAAACACCCUUUCGGCCGUGCCCCUUCCUUCUGUUCCUUCCCAUGGUAGAUUGAACUUUGUCCUCUGCUUUCUCUGUCCUGGAGAAAGAAGACACAGCUUUAAGUCAGCACCGAGUAGGGACGAUGCCUAGGCCACCUCAGUGCUUCAUUGUCAUUGUGUUUUUAAGGUUUUUUUAAAUUAAAACAAUUCAUUUUGGGGAUGA